AUGUAUCUAGAAGAAGAGGCUAUGCAAUGGCAUUGCUUUUGGGAAGAGGACUAUCCAAACACCACUUGGGACCUCUUCAAGGACGAGCUUUUACUUCGGUUUGGAGAGACCAUGUAUGUUAACCACGAGAUUGAAUUGAGAAAUCUCAAACAAACUUCUACCGUCCAAGACUAUCAAAGCAAGUUUGAGAGACUAUGUAGCAUGGUUAAGAAUCGACCAGAGGAUUCCAAGAUCGCCCACUUCAUAGGGGGUCUUGAUGAGGACAUUCAAAUUGAGAUGCUUAGGGAUCCUCCUACCGAAUUAAGGAGAUGUUUUGCAUUGGCCAAGACAAUUGAGGAGCAACUUAGAAGAAGAGAGGCACGUAAGAAAGUUUACAAACCGGGGCUUGUAUCCAAACCCAAGCCUAACUUUGUGAAACCAGCUCCACCACAGAAAAAGUUUGAAAAUCGGCCAGCCUUUCGCAAUAACAUUCCCAUUAAAUACAUUUCACGUCAAGAAAGAGAGGAAAGGAUUAAGAAGGGGCUAUGCUUCAACUGUGAAGAAAAGUGGCAUGCGGGUCAUAAGUGCAAGCAUUUUCAGUUAUAUGAGGUCACAGAUAGUGAUGAGGAACUUGAAGAAAAUGAAGAGAUAGACACCAAGGGCACUGAGGUAGCCAAGGUGAAAGAUGAGACUGAGGAAAAAGAAGAGGGCUUGUGUCACGCCCUCACAAACAAUGGGCCCAAUGCCAUGAAGGUUGUGGGUAAGAUCAAUAACCAAAAGGUGAUUGUUCUUCUUGAUACCGGAGCCACCCACAACUUCCUUAAUUCGAGGUUGGCUCAUCUCGUGGAUGGCAAGACUACUCCCCAAGCUUCUUUCAAUGUCAUGGUUGGAAAUGGAGAGAAACUAGCUUGCCAUGAAAUUUGCAAAAACGUGAGCUUGGAGAUGCACAAGGUUCCUUUCAAGGUAGAUCUAUACCUUCUCCCCAUUGGGGGUGUAGAUGUAGUACUUAGGAUUCAAUGGAUGAAAACCUUGAAAAGAAUCUUGUGGGACUUGGAUGACAUGACUAUGAUGUUUCCUAAGGAGGGUGGAGGGGAAGUAACCCUCAGAGCAAUCAAUCCUAGCGUGGACCCUAAGCCGGCCUUGAAGGCCCUCAUUGCAAAUCAGCCAGUAUAUUGGCUAGUGUCCAUGGUAAAAGAUGUUGUUCCUUCCACCACCGAUGUUGAAGAGAUUCCUCGUGACAUUCAUCAGAAAGCCGGGAUAGAGAGGCUUGUGAAGGAGAUGCUCGAAAGUGGGGUCAUCCGACCUAGUAGUAGUCCGUUUUCAUCACCUGUUUUGUUAGUUAAGAAGAAGGAUGACACAUGGAGGUACUGUGUAGACUACCGGGCCCUCAAUGAGGUCACGGUAAAGGAUAAGUAUCCUAUACCAGUCAUUGAUGAAUUACUUGACGAGUUGGUUGACACUUCUUAUUUUUCAAAGAUGGACUUAAGAGCAGGCUACCAUCAAAUUCGUAUGCAGAAAGAGGAUAUUCACAAGACCGCGUUUCGUACUCAUGAUGACCAUUAUGAAUUCCUCGUAAUGCCUUUUGGGUUGACAAAUGCACCAGAUACUUUUCAGAGGUGCAUGAAUGAUCUCUUUCGAAGAUACUUGCGGUACUAUGUGUUGGUGUUCUCCGAUGAUAUACUCAUGUACAGUCCAACACUUGAGAUACAUGCGAAGCAUUUGGACACCGUCCUUACUAUCCUGAGGGACAACCAGCUCUACGCUAAGAUGUCCAAGUGUACCUUUGGCCAGACUUCAGUUGGAUACUUGGGACACAUUGUCUCCAAGAAGGGCGUUAGAGCUGAGCAGAGAAGUUGGCGCUUCAUCAGUGGCUAUGAGUCAAUAGCUUCACCAUUGACCCACAUGUUGAAGAAGGGACCAUUUCAGUGGUCAGACAAAUUGAGGGAGGCCUUCACCCAGUUGAAGGCAGCACUUAUUUCAGCGCCCGUUUUGACUUUGCCAAAUUUUGAUAAGGAGUUCACUAUUGAGACCGAUGCCAGUGAUGUUGGAGUUGGGCCAGUUUUGAGUCAGGAAGGACAUCCAGUGGCAUAUAUGUCCAAAGCGCUUAAAGACGGCCAAGCCUCUCUCCACUUAUGA